GCGGAAGUGUGUCGAUGGACCUGAUGUAUAAGAAACUGCACUACGCUGCGGUACACAGUGACCGACAUGGAGGCAGUGAAAGCAUCAUAGGAACCAUGACAACCCUGUCAGUCCUGCUGGUGCUGGUGCUGGCGCUGGUGACAGGUUGUGAGGGACGGUCUGAGGAGACUUGUCGGGUGCCUGGAUGGUUCGGACCAGACUGUGUUUACAAAUGUCAUUGCCAGCAGACUCUGUGUGAUGGGGCGAGUGGUGAGUGCACGGAAGGAACUCGAUGUGAAGAUGGCUACACAGGAACAUCCUGCCAAUACAGUGACAUCGCCUUUCGUAGAAGCACCUCUGUUAAGUCUGACUGCCAAUGGGACGGAAACAGUUCAGCACCUGUUGAUGGCGACAGAGUCACGUGUCUCACAGCAAGAGCUACGGGGUCAGGUCCUUGUUCUUGGUCUGUGGCUCUCACCGGCACGUUCGUGGUGACCCAGAUCCACGUGAAAAUACCUCGUGGUACGGCAGACAAUAACACCUGGCAGGUUCGUUGUCAUAACGACAGAAACAGCACAACAACAGAAGCACGACGUCAGAAGUGGAGCAGCAGCGACGAUUACCUCACUUACCUCCCGCCUCACAAUUUUUUUAUCACAAGAAUCGAGAUUGUCACCCCCUCACAAAAGGAACUCAAACUUUGUGAAGUGAAUGUACUUGGAGGUCGUAAUGUCGUUUUGAAGAAAAAUGCCACCCAGGGUAACCAAACCUUUAACAAGACUUCUGGAGCAGAGAAAGCAGUGAGUGACGAAGGCAGACGGCAUUACAGAGACCAGUGCGCCAUCGCGAAAACAGACACUGACCGUGGUCAACCUUUAGCCUGGUGGAAAGUGGUUCUGGGUCAGAAUGUCCUCGCUUGGCAAGUGGAAGUUCACACCCCACCUGCAAGUGAAGACAUGACAAUAAUCAUGUCGUCAAACAACGGUUCCACUUGGGAUCUUCACGUGGACAUACCACGCCAGGGUAUAGUCCUCACCAAACCUGUGUUACCUGUACAACCCACAGAGGUCGUCAUCACAAGGAGAGAUCGUCUCUCACUGUGUGAAGUCCGUGUACUUGGAGAUUGUUUGGACGGGUAUUUCGGGUGGUUGUGUGACCAUCGCUGUAACUGCAGCAGUCCGGAGGAGGUGUGUGACAAGGUGUGGGGAACCUGUCGGCGGCCUCGUUGUGAGAUGGGGUGGCAAGGACCCCGAUGUCAGCAAGAGUGCCCUCGAGGAUUUUAUGGAUUCCAAUGCAGUGAUAAGUGCAGCGAUAACUGUGUCGAUGGCAACUGCCUUCACACUGACGGCAGCUGCAGUUGUAAGCCUGGCUGGGAAGGCUACAGGUGUCAUCACACCUGUUAUCCAGGAUCGUUUGGAGCACGGUGUCGAGAGAAGUGUAAUCCCAACUGUGCUGAAGGACAUUGUAAUCACCUGGAUGGAGAGUGUAGCAAGGGGUGUAGGCCAGGAUGGAAAGGAGAAAUGUGUCAGCACAAAUGUGAGGUAACCUCCGGCACCAGUUGCACCCAGUGCCAAGGCAAGUGUCUUGACAACGUGUGCCACUCGGAGACAGGGGAAUGUACUCAUGCUCUGUGGCCAGUGCGCGUGCGCUGGAGUUUUGCCCUUCCGCCAGUUAAACACCGGUUUUGUACUGGAUCCGCGUUGCAAAGACUUUAUAAAGCAAGAAAUACGUAUCUGACGAUAGAUGCAAGGAAAAUGCGUUGGAAAAGCCUUUAUGUUCAGUCAUCAGCAGUCUUGUUACUGCAGCUAAUUACAAGUUCUCUCGGACAGCAGCUGAAUGAGUCGCCCCUCGAAACACCUGAACAAGAGAAAUGUUCGGAGCCUGGAUGGUUCGGUCCACAUUGUGUCUACAAGUGUCACUGCAACUCAUCCUGUGAUCCGUCUCUUGGAACAUGCGAUUCGUGUGAAGAUGGUUAUGCUGGUACAGCCUGCCAGUAUGCCAACCUUGCCUUCCGUAGGACGACCAUCUUGCAGUCCGGUUGUUCAAGUGUCCAGAACAGUUCAGUGGCUGUGGACGGCAAAGAGGAAACAUGUUUAACAGCGAGGAGAACAGACUCUGGCAGCUGUACUUUGUCUGUAAUUCUUACUACAGCAACCUUUGUGACCCAGGUCAUUGUGAAAACUCCAGUAGGUACAGCAGACAAUGACACCGUGCAGGUUGUUUUCCACAACGAGACCAACAUGACAACAAAAGUCCAAAGUCGUGGUUCAGGCAACAACACUGAAAUCUCCUUCUUUCCACCUGACAACAUUUUGGUGACGAGAGUAGAUGUGGUCGCUCCUUGGGAGAAGGAAUUAAAUCUUUGUGAGUUGAACGUACUUGGAGGUCGUAACAUCGCUUUAAAGAAAAAUGCUAGCCAGAGCGGAGAAACAUUUGGCGAGAUUUAUGGAGCAGAGAAAGCAGUGGAUGAUGAAGGCAAACGACAUUACAAAGACCAGUGCGCCAUCGCGAAAACAAAAACUGGUCAACCUCUGACCUCCUGGUGGAGAGUGGAUGUAGGUCAGAAUGUCUUUGCUUGGCAAGUGGAAAUUCACACACUCCCUGAAAGUGUUGACUUAAGUGUGAGCAUGAAGUUAAGCAACGGUUCAUUUGCGCUUCUAAAUAAUGAAGCUCCUCGCACGGGAAUCGUCAUCACCAAAAUUGACAGGUGUGUUCAGACGACGGAAAUCACCAUCAACAAAAGUGGAGAUAAUCUCUUACUGUGUGAAGUCCGCGUACUUGGGGAUUGUUUGAACGGGUAUUUUGGGUGGUCAUGUGAGCAUCAGUGUCAGUGUCACGACUCUAGAGAGGUGUGUGACAAAGUGUCGGGAGCCUGCUCGAUUUCUGGAUGUGGUAGAGGUUGGUUUGGACCAGGAUGUCAGAAAGCAUGCCCUCCAGGAUACUACGGAUUCCAAUGUCAUGAGAAGUGCAGCGAUAACUGUACCGAUGGAAAGUGUUUACGUACGGAUGGCAGCUGUAGCUGUAAGCCUGGGUGGGAAGGCGACAGGUGCAGUCAAAGAUGUCAGGGGUCAUUUGGCAUCGACUGCAAGCAAAGUUGUCCGUCCUAUUGUCUGAACACCACGUGCCAUGCCGAGACCGGGGACUGUACUCUGGGCUGCAUGCCUGGCUGGACAGACGGCAACUGUUCCAAGAAGUGUGAUCAGGGUUUCUAUGGCAACAAGUGUAGUUCGAAAUGUAGCAGCAAUUGUCGUGAUGGUGUUUGUGAUCCUGUGAACGGCACGUGCUUGAAAGGCUGCAUGUCUGGAACAACAGGAAAUUCAUGUGAGAAGCAAGUCCACGAAGAAAAAGAAAAGAGGAAUUUUCACGACCAGUAUGUGACUAUUGUCCUGUCAGUUGGCAUCGGUUUCGUCACAAUUAGUAUCAUCAUCAUGACUGCACUGGUAUACAAGCGAAGACAAAAAGGACGGCUGCAGCACCGACUGCUCGACUCAUCUGACAGGUCCAUGUCUUCUCGACUGUAUGGAGCAGAAGUCCUUGACACAACUCCACUAAGUGUCCACAUGAGAGUGACCCGAGAGCAAGUAGACGCAUCUCCAGGAAUUAAUAUGAAACAGGAAAUAAUUAAGAGAUGUGCGACUUCUACCAAUUCUCCUGCUUCAAAGAAAAAGGCAAAAGCAGCAGAAGAAAUGAAAGGAAAAUCCAUCAAGCUCGGAUCCGCCACAAAGUUCAACAUCGCGUCUUCUUGUGACAGAGGAAGCUGUGGGACUUCAUCGUUGUCUUCAAACUACAGCGAAGUAGGCGAGAAGUCUCUCCACAGAAAUGCAGUGCCGGUGGUCGAGUUUGCUGCCAAAGUUAAACACUGGCUGACAGAGCCUCGUCUCUUUGCCGAGGAGAGGUCGCAUCUACCAGACGGCAAAGUCGCGGAGUGGAAGACAGCUUUAAUCCCGGAGAAUAUCCGCAAAAGUCGUUACCGUGACAUCUACCCUUAUGACCACUCCCGCGUUGUGCUCAACCAGCUUUCCGGAAGUCCUCACAGCGACUUCUACAACGCCAGCUACAUCGACGGCUACAAUACACAACAUCAAUACAUCGCGGCUCAAGGCCCCAUGGAGAAGACAACAGACGAUUUCUUAAGAAUGGUGUGGGAUGUCAAAUGUUCAUGUAUCGUGAUGCUGACGAACACAGUGGAGAUGGGUCGGGUCAAAUGUCAUCAGUACUGGCCAGCAGAUGGCGCCUCCAUGUCUACUGAAAACAUCACCCUGUCCCUCCUUAACACCACCACGUUUGCGGACUUCUGCGUCCGAGACCUCAUUCUGGAAAGGAAUGGAGAGACCAGGAGAGUCAAGAUGUUUCAUUACACUGCAUGGCCAGAUAAUUCCGCGCCGGUCUCCCCCUGGUCCAUACUGAGCUUCCGCAACAAAGUUCACCAGGACAUGACCCCAGACGGACCGGUCAUCGUACACUGCAGUGCUGGUAUCGGUCGGACUGGUACCUUCCUGGCCAUCGACAUCCUGUUGUCACGCGCCGCGCAGGACCAGAUGGUGGACGUCUUUGCGUGUGUGUGGACCCUGCGGCAGCAGCGCAUCAGCAUGGUGCAAACUCUGACCCAGUAUACAUUUAUCUAUGAGGCGAUCGCAGCAGCAUUAGUGACAUCAGCACCAGAACCCGUGGAUGAGUUUCGUCUGUCACGCUGGCUUGGAGAAGAAGACGGAAGCAGUCACAUUUGCAACGAAUAUCAGAAAUUGAAAAAGUUUCUAAAAGUUGCUGGCAAGGAAUGUAAUGCAACAGACAACAGCGACGAGUCGAAAGCGAAGUCGUCUUUAUACGCAACAUCAGAGCGAGAUGGCGCCCAGUGUGUGUCGGUGUUUGAUGUGGAGAAGUCCCUGGCAUCAGUCUCUGUGGAUGCCGUUUUCUUAUCGAGCUAUCGGUACAACCGAGCUUUCAUUCAAACGCACAGUCCUCGUGAUUGCGACAUUGUCCACUUCCUGUCGAUGGUAUGUCAGCAUCACGUGACCACCAUAGUUUCUUUGGACACCAUGGCGGAAACCUCACAGCAGGACUCUGUCUACUGGCCAGAGGUAGAACAGUCGUCCGUGACCUUUGGCCCGUACCGCGUGGAGCUGCUGGGUGUCCGCACAGCGAAAGGAAUUACUACGAGGUUCAUGCGCAUUCACCUGCCACAGCUGUACGACUUUAUCACCGGGGAGAAUAGUCAAGGGGAGGCCAAAGCUUGGCAUGACGUCACACAACUGACUUCCUGUUUGUGGCCGGACUCUCUGCUGACGUCAGAGGCUGUGUGCACACUGCAGCUGCUGGUCAACGCCGCUCAGCCGGAACCAGAAAACCUGGUGUUGGUCCACUGCAAGGACGGACGUAGUCGCAGCGGCUUGUUCUGUGUUUUGUCCGUCGUCAGAGAGCGCAUGCGCAGCAACAGUGACGUCGCAAUUAGUUACGUCACAGCACACCUGAGUGCCCCAGAAGGAUGCAUCGUUAUAACCCAGGACCAGUACAAGUUUCUCUUCUACUUUGUCCAACACCAAAUCGACGCCAUGAGGGGAGAAGACUUGUCCAGCGAGUCACAGUCGGAGUCGGGGGACACAACUCUGGCCGAUAUCUGGACCAUCUAGGUGGGACACAUCACCCGGUCUUCACUGCUGUCUUUGUCCAUGAAUCAUCAAAAUCUUGGAAGGAACAAUAAAUAGUUUCUGUUUAUGUGCAGAUACUUUUUGAUGUAUGUAAAUCCUUUUCACAUACGGGCUUCUCAAAACAAUUUAAUGCACAUUGCUAUGCAGUGAAGUACUGUGCAGUAUUCUUUACUUUAAAUGAUUCAUAUAAAUUUCUAUUUUUUUAUGAUCAUUUGACUAUUGCACGCUAUUGUCUUAUGACUUCAUUAUGAACAUUUGGUUUACUUUCUAGGUGAUUGUAAAUAAAUAAAUGUAAAGCGUAUACUCGCACUCGUAAGGUGCAUGCUCGAACAUGAACGAGGAAGGAACAACAAAUGAGGGACAAAAGAAAAAGCAAAAAACAUAUGAACGACGGAAAGGUAAACAGUACCGAUGACGAAUAGCAGACAAAUACAGAAAAUGCAAAGAGGAACCAAAUAACAAGAAGGACUAGCACUAUGGGAAAGGUUGUUUACGGAACAGGUGUGUUUUGAGUUCACAUUAAAAGGAUUCAGUAGCGGGUAGGCGGCGGAUAUGGAAAGGGAAAGAGUUCCAUUGUCUCGUCGUGAUAAAGAAACAGCAUUGUCAUCAAACUUUUUGUACAUAACUGACAAGGAAUGGUUUGAAAGACGUAUUCUGACAGAUGAAGACCGAAACAAUAGUUUUUUAACAAAGUACCAGGAGAAGAACAAGGUUUCAUGUCCUGUAUAUGGAUACGUAAAUGAAAAUGUUGCAAGGGGAUGUUUAUAUAUUUUUAUUUGAAAUAUAAUUCUGAAGAAUUA